CUCAGACGCUAACGAGGGAUGGAGUGACGACCCUGAGCGCCUCACAGCCCGACAGACGGACGCACCAGCGAAAGACGCUCCUGACAAGGCACUCUGUGGGUGUUGAAAGGAUGUGGCGUGAGGAGCUGCGCAGUCGUCAGUUCUGGAAGGCCAUGAUGGCGGAGCUGCUCGGCACGCUGGUGCUGGUGAGCGCUGUCUUGGGUGCAUCUGUGCCGGGUCCUGGACAGUCCCCUGUGGGACCCCUGUACCCGGCUGUGGCUCUCGGUGUGGUGAUCGUUGCACUGGGACACUGUUUUGGGGAAAUAAGCGGCGCGCAGGUGAACCCUGCAGUCACUCUGGCCCUGCUGGCCACACGGCGGCUGGAUGUCCUCAGAGCCGUCGUCUACAUCACAGCCCAAUGUUUGGGGGCUUGUUUGGGGGCCGGGGCCCUCUACCUGGCCCUCCCCCUAAAAAGCACCGCGGACUCUUUUGUCAACAAGGUACCGAUUGAGUUGAAUGCAGCUCAGGCGCUCGGCAUUGAGGUCUUAUGCACCUUCCAGUUGGUCUUCACUGUCUUCUCAGUGGAGGACCAGCGACGAAGGGAAAGCUCAGAGCCAGGAAAUCUGGCUAUUGGACUGGCACACACUGCUGGAGUGAUGAUAGGGGCCCGGUUCUCUGGUGCCAGUAUGAACCCUGCACGAUCUCUGGGCCCUGCCAUUAUCACAGGAUUCUGGGAGAACCACUGGGUGUACUGGAUCGGACCAGUGCUGGGAGCGAUGCUGGCCGGUGUGUCUCAUGAGUUUUUCUUUGCACAAAGUGCCCCCCGCCAGAAGCUGGUGGCAUGUCUGACCUGUAAGGACAUCGAGAUUGUGGAGACGGCCAGCAUGACCGGCUCAUCUUUAUCCACAGUCACCCAGAACGCCACCAGAGCCAAGCAGGCCCACAAACAAGACAACAACUGAGCUCCCGACUGAUGCAGCUUCAAUGUGUCGCGCUAGUGAAGGUUUAGACAACAUUGUGCGACUGUCCAUAUUUGCAUAUGGUUAGAACAACAUGUUGCGGCCUCAUUGAACAACAAUCCCACGCACGCUUUGUUGUGUUUUGUAGCAUCCUGAAGCUUUGAAAUGCUAAAGAGCCUCAACGACGCUCUUAUUAGCAUUUGUGUCUUCUCUGAAGUCUUUUGUUCACAAUCAAAUAGAGCAGACCACUAAUGGCUGCACAUUCACUGAACAUAAGCACUAUGUAGUUGAUGAUAUAUUUGCAGUUUAUGAGUAAAUAUAUAUACAUAUAUAUAUUAGGGGUGUGGGAAAAAAUCGAUUCGAAUUCAAAUCGCGAUUCUCACGUUGUCCAAUUCAGAAUCCAUUCUCUUUUUUUUUUAAAUUCUUUAAAAAAAAAAAAAAAUCAAUCCAACAAAACAAUACACAGCAAUACCAUAACAAUGCAAUCCAAUUCCAAAACCAAACCCGACCCAGCAACACUCAGAACUGCAAUAAACAGAGCAAUUGAGUGGAGACACAAACACGACACAGAACAAACCAAAAGUAGUGAAACAAAAAUGAAUAUUAUCAACAACAGUAUCAAUAUUUGUUACAAUUUCAACAUAGCAGUGAUUAAAAAUCCCUCAUUGACAUUAUCAUUAGACAUUUGUAUACAAAAAAAAGAACAAUAGUGUCACAGUGGCUUACACUUGCAUCCCAUCUCAUAAGCUUGACAACACACUGUGUCCAAUAUUUUCACUAAGAUAAAAUAAGUCAUAUUUUUGGUUCAUUUAAUAGU